ACUCCUUUAUUACUGCAAGAAAUUAAAACAAUGUAAAUCUUGUAAUAGGGAAAGUUAGCAGUGCAGCAGCCCUCACGCCACAAGCAAACGAGCAGCCAUUAAAACGAGUAAUAACGAAGACAAAAGCCCAAAUAGAUUCUACUCUUAAGUUCUAAACCAUUUUUAUUCUUUUCUUUUUUUGUUGUUCUUUUUUUUUUUUUGAGAACUAAAAGAGAGCUUCAAGAAAGCUGAAUUAUGGGUUGCUGUCAAUCAUCUUUUCAAACAGAGACUCACCCAGAAAAUGACCAGACCCAACAACAACAGGAGCCACAGAACCGUAGCCAAUCAAGUCCGGGUGCUGUACCCGACCCGGCUGUUGCUAAUGGAGUCCCUUCUUUCUCAGAGUUCUCCUUGGCUGGCCUGAAAGCGGCCACCAAUAAUUUCAGUUCAGAUAACAUAGUUUCUGAAAGUGGGGAAAAGGCUCCUAACCUUGUUUAUAAAGGUCGUUUGAAGAACAGGAAAUGGAUUGCUGUUAAGAAGUUUACUAAGAUGGCUUGGCCUGACCCCAAACAGUUUGCGGAGGAAGCUUGGGGAGUAGGGAAGUUGAGACACAAGAGGCUCGCAAAUUUGAUAGGAUAUUGCUGUGAUGGAGAUGAAAGGCUGCUUGUUGCUGAGUACAUGAUAAAUGAUACUCUUGCUAAGCAUUUGUUUCACUGGGAAAAUCAAACCAUCGAGUGGGCAAUGCGAUUAAGAGUAGCUUUCUGCAUUGCUGAGGCUUUAGAUUAUUGUAGUAGCGAGGGUCAUCCAUUAUACCAUGAUCUAAAUGCUUACCGGGUUAUUUUUGAUGAGGAUGGUGAUCCACGUCUUUCAUGUUUUGGCCUGAUGAAAAAUAGCAGGGAUGGAAAAAGUUAUAGUACUAAUCUUGCCUACACACCUCCAGAGUAUCUUAGAAAUGGGAGAGUCACCCCUGAAAGCGUUAUUUACAGCUUUGGCACUGUUCUUCUUGAUUUGAUAAGUGGGAAGCACAUCCCUCCUAGUCAUGCACUCGAUAUGAUUCGAGGUAAAAACAUCAUUCUACUCAUGGAUUCACAUUUAGAGGGGAAAUUUUCUACAGAGGAGGCAACUGUGGUUGUUGGCCUUGCCUCUCAAUGUUUGCAAUAUGAACCCUGGGAACGGCCCAGUACGAGGGACCUUGUCGCUACACUUGCUCCAUUGCAAACCAAACCUGAUGUUCCAUCUUAUGUCAUGCUCGGAAUCUCAAAGUAUGAGGAAGCUCCACCAACACCGCAGCGUGCACUUUCACCAAUGGGUGAGGCCUGUUCACGACAUGACCUCACAGCGAUUCAUCAAAUAUUGGUAAUGAAUCACUACAAGGAUGAUGAAGGGUCAAAUGAGUUAUCUUUCCAAGAGUGGACCCAGCAGAUGAGAGAUAUGCUUGAGGCUAGGAAGCGAGGGGACUAUGCAUUCCGUGAUAAAGAUUUCAAAACUGCCAUUGACUGCUAUUCCCAGUUCAUAGAUGUUGGAACCAUGGUAUCCUCCACGGUUUUUGCUCGGCGCAGUCUGUGCUAUCUAUUUUGUGACCAACCAGAUGCUGCCCUUGCAGAUGCAAUGCAAGCACAAAUUGUGAAUCCUGAUUGGCCAACAGCCUUCUACAUGCAGUCAGUUGCCCUUGCCAAACUAGACAUGCAAAAGGAUGCCGCGGACAUGCUGAAUGAAGCUGCUGGACUUGAAGAAAAGAAGCAACGAGGCGCGAAGGGAUCAUGAGACCACAGAUCUAGUAUUGAUCUUAAAACCCUGUACCCAAUCUUUCUGAGGCUGCCCAAAGUCCAUGUAAAAAUGUGAACUUGGAGGCUCCACCAUUCAGCUACGUGUAACACAAAUCUUUGUUGGUCAAUGAUAGGGUUCCUGAAGCACUUCUCAGUAUCUCUUAUAGAAGCAGUGAAAGGCAGUCCAAGACAGUUUUGCUAUUAAGCAUGCAGUAUGUAUGUAUGAUGGGAAUCAUGCUCAAUAACUGCUCUGUAGGUACAAAGUGUUGCUAUUGUGUACUCUUGUCUGAUUGUCUCCUUCAUUUGAAGGAACCAAUUUUCAUGUUAAAAAAAAAUGGGGGAAAUCUUCUUCUUGUC